UGUGAAGAUAUUUUCGUUCCUUAUGAUUACUCGGCAACAAUAGAGGCAAGCAAUGCUCUGCUCAUUCAGUCAUGGUCGUUGGAAACUUUUGUUCUGAUUCUCUUUUUGACUUGGUGCAGUGUCUGGAUACCCCUUAUAAACCACAGUACAAUGGAGGGAUCAUCGUGAAUCCUGACCUGCAAAAUGGUUCACUAGGCUGGUCACAGUUUGGAAAUGCCAAAGUCGAUUUCAGAGAAUUUGGAGGCAAUAAGUUUGUUGUUGCCACACAGAGGAAUCAAUCUUCUGACAGCGUCUCACAGAUGGUUUACUUGGAAAAAGGAAUUCUUUACACUUUCUCGGCUUGGUUACAAGUAAGCAUAGGAAAAUCUCCGGUGAGCGCCGUUUUCAAAAUAAAUGGUGAAGAUAAGCAUGCCGGUUCGGUUGUUGCUGAAUCCAGAUGCUGGUCGAUGCUUAAAGGUGGUAUCACUGUUGAUGAAUCUGGUCCUGCCGAUCUCUACUUUGAGAGCGAGGACACAGCGGUUGAGAUUUGGGUUGAUAGCGUCUCUUUGCAACCAUUCACCCAAAAAGAGUGGAACGCUCACCAGGAACAGAGCAUUGAGAAGGCAAGAAAAGGUGCCGUGAGAAUCAGAGUCGUGAAUAACAAAGGCGAGAAGAUACCAAACGCAUCCAUUACCAUAGUACAGAACAGACUCGGAUUCCCAUUCGGGAGCGCUGUAGCACAGAACAUACUUGGGAAUCAAGCAUACCAAAACUGGUUCACUCAAAGAUUCACCGUGACAACAUUCGAAAACGAGAUGAAAUGGUACAGCACGGAAUCUGUAAGAGGCAUAGAGAAUUAUACGAUCGCGGACGCGAUGUUGAGAUUCUUCAAGCAGCACGACAUUGCUGUACGUGGACACAAUGUUGUAUGGGACCACCCUAAGUACCAAUCUAAAUGGGUUACUUCUCUGUCACGUAACGAUAUCUACAAUGCAGUGAAACGAAGGGUUUUCUCUGUGGUCUCGCGAUACAAAGGCCAGCUUGCUGGUUGGGAUGUUGUGAAUGAGAAUCUGCAUCACUCCUUCUUUGAGAGUAAGUUUGGUCCUAACGCCUCUAAUAACAUCUUCGCAAUGGCGCAUGCCAUCGAUCCAAGGACAACAAUGUUCAUGAAUGAAUUCUAUACAUUAGAGGACCCUACGGAUCUGAAAGCGAGUCCAGCAAAGUAUUUGCAGAAGCUUAGGGAGCUUCAAUCUAUUCGGGUUCGUGGAAACAUUCCAUUGGGGAUCGGUCUUGAGUCUCAUUUCAGUACUCCUAACAUUCCGUACAUGAGAUCAGGUCUUGAUAUUCUUGGCGCCACUGGUUUGCCUAUUUGGCUCACUGAGAUCGACGUUAAAGCUCCUUCCGAUGUUCAGGCCAAGUAUUUUGAGCAAGUCCUAAGGGAAGGACAUGCGCAUCCGCAUGUGAAAGGAAUGGUGAUGUGGACAGCUUAUUCACCAAGUUGCUACCAUAUGUGCCUCACUGAUGGAAACUUCAAGAACCUACCCACUGGAGACGUUGUGGACAAGCUGCUACGUGAAUGGGGAGGGCUACGUAGCCAAACCACUGGAGUCACUGAUGCUGAUGGAUUCUUUGAAGCUUCACUCUUUCAUGGUGACUAUGAUCUCAAUAUUUCUCACCCUCUCGCCAAUUCAAAAGCUUAUUACAACUUUACGUUGACUUCUGAUGACUCCUCUUCACAGACCCAACCAUCAAUUUUUGUCUUUUCUGUUUGAGAUGCUAAGUUUACGACUACUUUGUAUUUGAGUAGUUUGAUUCUUAGUGAAAAAUUGUGGCAGAUAGUCUAUUUUGAAUUAUACUUGUGUGAGAGGAAACUUUCAUGAGCAUCAUUGGGUUGGCUUCCUUGAUAUAUUGUAAUGGUUUAUUAUCAAUAAUAUUGAACUUUCUCUAGCUUUUUUGUUUAGUCUUUGGGAAAUCGGCUUUUUCGUACCUCCACAGUUGUGUAUAAAACAAACUCGCAUAAAACAAAUCCACGUAGGUGCACACGUGGAUGCCACGUAAUCGAUAUUUAGGUCAUAGGCAUGAUUUUGCACAAAAUAUAAAGUGUAGGUAUGAAAUUCAAAUGUUUCAUUAGUGGAGGCAUGUUUUAGCACAACGGUAUAGUUUAAGUAUAAAUUUAACAUAGUGUAAUUGUGGAGGCAUGAAAAAGCCGAUUUCCCUUUAGUCUUUAGCUGUUGAACCUUAGAGCAUGUGCAGUGGGAAUC